AUGCUCCGCCCGAGACCCUGCGAUCGCUUCGUUGCGUCCAGCUUGGACAUCACGAGGAGUCCUCGACAGGCCGCCGAGUCCACUGCAACAUCCUCCCCGCAGAAGAUUGCCUCUGGAGCAGCCCCAGCGGAGGGCCCCAACACGACAGAAGCCGCGCUCGCUCGCUUGGAGUCCCUCGUGACGGACUCCCCCCUGUGGCCUGCGGCCAUAAACGUGUGGAAGCGUUUCAAGGUUUCACAAGCACGGUCGACGCAAGCAGCAGCUGCAGGUGCUGGGGGUGUCAGCGGUACUGAACCGAGAGAUUGUCCCGCCUUGGGUCGGCCCGGCCAAGAGAUGGAGGAUGCGCCGCGGCCCGUUGGCGACAUUGACGUCGCCGGCCUCAAGUUCCGGGCUUCUGUGGUGCGGGAUGGGCAGCACCCUUUUAGCUCCGUCGAGGCGUCGCCAAGGCUCGGAGGAGCCGUGUGGUCCGUGAACCGUGGAUGGACCGUGGAUUUAAAGGGGUAUGAUGUGGAGGUAGUGGCCUUCAUUUUGGAGAGGGGUGUGGCUGUGGGGCUCGCUCUCGACGGCGACCGAACCAAGCGUUGCUCCCACGGUCGCGUUCCGAAGGAAGACAAGGGUUUCAUAGAGACUGGGAAGCGCAUGUCAUCCCUCCGACCGAGCACCGCGUACCUCAUGCUCCGCAUGGCGGAACCUGUGGUCGGGGAUGUGAUUGUCGACUGCAUGUGUGGCGUGGGGACGAUCCCUUUCUUGGGCGCGGGCUGGUUCCCGGGCGUGUGUUUGGUGGGAGGAGAGAUCGACGACAGCGCUAUCGAUCACCUGCGGCGAAACGCCCAGUCCUUGAGGCGGUCGCCCGCUGGCCGAGCAGGGGCUGCCGGUGGUGCCUGCGCGUGGGAUGCCCAGUCACUGCCUCUUCGCGAUGGCUCGGUGGACGCGAUGGUCGUUGACAUGCCGUUCGGUCAGUCUUGCGGCACCCCGAGACAGAACGCAAGGCUCUACCCUUUGGUGAUGGCCGAGAUGGCGAGGGUCCUGCGUCCUUCCGGGCGUGCCGUGCUGCUCGUGACGCAGCCCCAUCUCCUUGGUGUGCCGGGACUGCGGCGAGAUAACCAAAAGGACAGGAAGAAGUUGCGGAAGAUGGCGAAACAGGCGAGCAGGGUCGGCGAUCGCGGGGAUCAUGACCUCGGUGAGGGUAUCGAGGGAAGAGCAGCAUCAGAAGAGACCGGGUCGGGCGAGAGGUGUGGGGAGAGUACAUCCCGACACGCCGGUAAUAUCAAUAGCAGCAGCGAUGGAGGCAUGAGCAAAGAUAUUGCCGACACAGCGGGUCACGGGGUAGAGAACGUCACCAAGCAAGAGAAAGAAGACGUUGACCCAAGCGAUUCUGGAGAGCUAGCGUCACCCGCACCAGAAAAGGGAACAAAUGAUUUCCCUCUGUGUGACAGCGAGAGGAGCGUAUGCGUAGCAGCUGCUGCACCAGGAGCUCUUUGGCGCAUCAGGGCUCGGCAUGCGGUGAACGUCGGGGGGUUGAUUUCUCACCUGCUUCUUUUGGAUCGGACAGACGAGCCUCCGCGCUCGCCGCGCGUAGACCGACGGCAUCGUGUGGUCGGGGCGAAGGCUUACUGCAAGCGCCAUCAUGAAGGGGGUGCUGUGUCGUAAUGAUGGCGAUAACCAAUGGCCAAGCAAAUUAUUAGACGUAUCACUGCAUAGUGCCGAUGUCGGUUUUGAUUGGGUUGUUAUGGAGGAACGCGACGUCGGUUGUUGUUUUCCUUGUACAACAGCGUGGAAGCGACGCGAUUGGUGAUUGUUUUGGGCGCUGUAUACACCAGCAGCUAGAGUUUUUCCUGAGAGUACGGACAACGUAUCCUGAUGGUGUUGCAGC